AUGGACGCGAUAGAGUUAGCUCUUCGCAAAUGUCUACAUGUUCUUGUCUCAUCAAAUACAAUUACUGAACGAAAGAGAAAUGUCGAAACAUUUAUUGAAUUACUUAAAGAUAAUCGAAUACAUGAUUUACUUGAUGAUGAAAAUCAAGAUGAAAAUACUACAAAACGUUCAAUAACAUGGAAUGAAAUGUUUGAUACUAUUCGAGAAUAUACGAUCAAUGAAUUGGCUAAUAUUCGAACAAAAUCAACAAAAACUUUAUCAUCAGAUAUCAAAUAUCAAGAAGCACUUAAAUUAUUUAAAACUCUUAUAGAAAAUGCCAAUGCACGUGCUCCUGAACUUGAUGGUCGUCCUCUUAUUGAAUCAAUUAUUUCAAUAAUAACUAGUGAAGUAUGGUUAUCAUGUUCAAUUGUAAUCAAAGAACUUAGUCAUUUAUUAAUUAAUAAUGUUCUUUGUUUUCAUAAAUAUGUCAAUGAAUUACGUGAACAAGAAUGGAUUGGUAAAAGAAAAUAA